GUCAGCGUAGAAGAAACAAAUUGUCAAAAGCAAAUCCGUUUUUCGUCAACGGUUCCCGCUUUUGUUGAUUUAUUUUUUGGUCAUUUCGUGUUUAAUGUUAUCACAAGUGUUUUUAGGCAUGUGUUUUCGGUAGCCAAAUUGUUCGUGAAAAGCUUCCAAGAUGCACAUAAAAUCUAUAGUGCUGGACGGUUUCAAAUCGUAUGGUAACCGAGUUGAAGUCACCGGUUUUGACCCAGAAUUCAACGCUAUCACGGGCUUGAAUGGCACUGGAAAGUCGAAUAUAUUGGAUUCGAUAUGUUUCGUGUUGGGAAUAACCAAUCUAUCGAACGUGCGUGCAGGCAGUCUGCAGGAGUUGAUAUACAAGCAUGGACAGGCUGGGAUCACCAAGGCGACGGUCAGCAUUACGUUCGACAACAGAGAUAAGAGGCAGUGUCCGAUUGGUUAUGAGAAUCAUGAUGAAAUCACUGUUACUAGACAGGUGGUAAUGGGAGGCAAGAACAAGUAUUUGAUCAAUGGUAUAAAUGUGCAGAAUAAGAGAGUCAGUGAUCUAUUCUGCUCAGUUCAACUCAAUGUGAACAACCCGCACUUCCUUAUAAUGCAGGGACGCAUCACCAAAGUGCUCAAUAUGAAGCCACCUGAGAUUUUGUCUAUGGUGGAAGAAGCAGCAGGCACCAGGAUGUAUGAAGCUAAGAAGCAAGCUGCUCAGAAGACCAUUGAGAAGAAGGAUGCUAAGCUGAGAGAGUUGAAUGAUAUAAUAAGGGAAGACAUAGCACCCAAACUGCAGAAGCUGCAAGAUGAGCGUUCUCAGUUCCAAGAGUACCAAAAGGUGGUGAGAGAGCUGGAGAACCUUACCAGGCUCUAUGUGGCUUGGAAAUAUGUGAGUGCCGAGAAAAGUGCCAAGGAAGCAGAAGCCAAAGUGACUGAGGUACAGGACGACAUCAAGAGCAAGAAGGAAAACAUUAAAAAUAAUGAAAAGGAGGCUAAAGACUUGGACAAACAAGUUGUAGAACUCAAUAAGAAGUUGGAUGAGGAAAGCGGCAGCGUCCUAAAGGAUCUAGAGACCGAGUUGCAAGUACACGAGAAAACCGAAGCGUCCGCGAGUGCCGGGUUUAAGGCCGCCAAGGACGCGCUCGCCUCGCACGAGAAGAAGGCGCGCCUGCUCAGCAGGGCCCUGGCCGACGACGAGGCAGCGCUGGCCGCUAAGAAGACAGUGCUGAGUGAGGUAUCGUCCACCUUCGAGAACCUUCGUGCGGCGAGUGAAGCCAGCGAGACGGCGUUGGCUGAAGCGCAGCAGAAGUUCUUGGCCGUCAGCACUGGCCUAGAGGGCGCUUCUGAGUCGCUGCAGGACCAACUCAUGGCGGCGAAAGCGGCAGCUUCGGAGGCGUCGACGCGCAUCACGCAAAGCACGAUGGAGCGCGAGCACGCGCAAAAGCGGCUGAAAGCGCUUGAACGCGAGUUCCAGACCAACAGCGCACAGUAUCAGCGCGACCAGGACGCCAUACGGAGUCACAGCGCGCAGGUGGAGAAGCUGCAGGGCGAGUUAUCCAAGAUGAACUUCAGCGAGGAGCGAAACACUCAGCUCAAGGAAUCCACCCGCUCGCUGCAAGGCCUCAUCCGCUCCAAGCGCGACGCGGUGGACAACCUCUCAGCAAGGCUGCAGCGCUGCGACUUCAAGUACUCGCCGCCGCAGCCCAACUUCGACAGCAGGCGGGUGUCUGGUACAAUCUGCCGGCUGAUCGAUGUGUGUGACCCGGUGUACUGCACAGCUUUAGAAACUGCAGCUGGUGGACGGCUAUACAACGUGGUGGUAGACACAGAGGUGACGAGUAAGCUGCUCCUGCAACGAGGCAACCUGCAGACCAGGACGACUAUCAUACCGCUCAACAAAAUCUCCGGGCACGUCAUAGACGCACAGACUGUCAGGCGCGCGCAGGAAAUUGAACCUACCCUGGAAAGCACUACAGGGUCGGCGAAGGCAGCGGCUUCAGAAGCGUCGACGCGCAUCACACAAAGCACGAUGGAGCGCGAGCAUGCACAGAAGCGGCUGAAAGCGCUUGAACGCGAGUUCCAGACCAACAGCGCACAGUACCAGCGCGACCAGGACGCCAUACGGAGUCACAGCGCGCAGGUGGAGAAGCUGCAGGGCGAGUUAUCCAAGAUGAACUUCAGCGAGGAGCGAAACACUCAGCUCAAGGAAUCCACCCGCUCGCUGCAAGGCCUCAUCCGAUCAAAAAGAGACGUGGUGGACAACCUGUCAGCGAGGCUGCAGCGCUGCGACUUCAAGUACUCGCCGCCGCAGCCCAACUUCGACAGCAGGCGGGUGUCUGGUACAAUCUGCCGGCUGAUCGAUGUGUGUGACCCGGUGUACUGCACAGCUUUAGAAACUGCAGCCGGUGGACGGCUAUACAACGUGGUGGUAGACACAGAGGUGACGAGUAAGCUGCUCCUGCAACGAGGCAACCUGCAGACCAGGACGACUAUCAUACCGCUCAACAAGAUCUCGGGCCACGUCAUAGACGCACAGACUGUCAGGCGCGCGCAGGAAAUCGGUGGCGGUCCAGAAAACGUCCAACUGGCCCUCGACCUGAUAAAGUUCGAGCCGCACCUCCGUCCGGCCAUGGCGUGGGUGUUCGGAGGCACGCUGGUGUGCCGCGACCUGGACACGGCCAAGCGCGUCACCUUCCACCGCGACGUGCGCCGCCGCUGCGUCACGCUAGACGGAGACGUCUUUGAUCCGUCUGGGACGCUGUCUGGUGGAGCGCGCGCUAAGGGCGGCUCAGUGCUGGUCCAGCUGCAGGAGCUGAAGGAAGCGGAAGCACAGCUGCAGCAAGCCGAGGCGCAGUACCAGCAGUGCAGCGCCGAGCUGGCCUCCACGCAGCACGCCGCCGAGAAGUAUGCGCACACGCAGCAAAGGUACGAGAUGAUGUCUCACGAAUUGGAAGUAAUAAAGGCGAGAUUAGCGACUACAUCACACGCGCAAACGCAUGCUGAGAUUGAAAGUUUGCGAGCACAAGUGGAAGAACUGUCAGCGGCAGUAGAAAGAGACAAAGUGACACAGAAAGAGACAGCGGCUAAAGCGAGGGAACUAGAAGCGAAAGUAAAGGACAUCAAAGGUCACAGAGAGAGAGAGUUCAAAAAAGCCGAAGCGGAAUUGAAAAAGGCGAAAAAAGAAGCGGAACAGCAUAGCAGUUCGUGGAAACAGAGAGAGCAGGAGUUUGAAACUCUGCGGUUGGAAGUGACGGAGCUGGAGCAAGCCGUUGCUACCAGUAAGCAGACGCUGCAGGAAACUGUGGAGGCAGCAGUAGGGUUGCAGGAGAGCUUGCAAGACGCGAAGGAGGAACACACUAAGGCUACAGAAGCAGUAAAGGAGAUUCAGUCUCGAAUAAAGAAGCAAAAGCUAGAGAUAGCAAGUCGCAGCAGCGACAUAUCGCGGCUGCAUCAAAAGAAGGAACAGCUGGGGAAAAGCAACGCUGAGCUGGAACUCAAGAUCAAGGAGCUCGACUAUAAGAUCAAGGAGUUGCAGGGCGAAGCGGCUGAGUGUGCUAAAAGGAUAAAGUCCCUCGAAGCCGAGCACACGUGGAUCCCGAGCGAGCGGGAAUACUUCGGCGCGGCGGGCGGCCUUUACGACUUCGCCGCGCGCCAGGCUAGCGUCGCGGGGCAGCGUCUACAGCAGUUGGCAGACAGGAGAGACAAGCUGGCUAGAGGACUCAAUGCGAGAGCUCAUACGCUGUUGGGGAAGGAGGAAGAACAGGGUGAGCGCGAGUAUUUCGGCGCGGCGGGCGGGCUGUACGACUUCGCGGCGCGCCAGGCCAGUGUCGCGGGGCAACGUCUCCAACAGAUGGCAGACAGGAGAGACAAGCUGGCUAGGGGACUCAAUGCGAGGGCUCAUACGCUGUUGGGGAAGGAGGAGGAACAGGCUAGCGUCGCGGGGCAGCGCUUGCAGCAGCUGGCUGACAGGAGAGACAAGCUGGCUAGGGGACUCAAUGCAAGAGCUCAUACUUUGCUGGGGAAGGAGGAGGAACAGUUAUUGUUCCUCCGCGACGUGCGCCGCCGCUGCGUCACGCUCGAUGGAGAUGUCUUUGAUCCGUCUGGGACAUUGUCUGGAGGCGCGCGGGCUAAGGGCGGCUCAGUGCUGGUCCAGCUGCAAGAAUUGAAGGAAGCAGAAGCACAGCUGCAGCAAGCCGAAGCGCAGUACCAGCAGUGCAGCGCCGAGCUGGCCUCCACGCAGCACGCCGCCGAGAAAUAUGCGCAGACGCAGCAGAGGUACGAAAUGAUGUCUCACGAAUUGGAAGUGAUAAAGGCGAGAUUAGCGACUACAUCACACGCGCAAACGCAUGCUGAAAUUGAGAGUUUGCGAGCUCAAGUGGAAGAACUGUCAGCGGCAGUAGAAAGAGACAAAGUGACACAGAAAGAGACAGCGGCUAAAGCGAGGGAACUAGAAGCGAAAGUAAAGGACAUCAAAGGUCACAGAGAGAGAGAGUUCAAAAAAGCCGAAGCGGAAUUGAAAAAGGCGAAAAAAGAAGCGGAACAGCAUAGCAGUUCGUGGAAACAGAGAGAGCAGGAGUUUGAAACUCUGCGGUUGGAAGUGACGGAGCUGGAGCAAGCCGUCGCCAGCAGUAAGCAGACGCUGCAGGAAACUGUGGAGGCAGCAGUAGGGUUGCAGGAGAGCUUGCAAGACGCGAAGGAGGAACACACUAAGGCUACAGAAGCAGUAAAAGAUAUCCAGUCUCGAAUAAAGAAGCAAAAGCUAGAGAUAGCAAGUCGCAGCAGCGACAUAUCCCGGCUGCAUCAGAAGAAGGAACAGCUGGGGAAAAGUAACGCUGAGCUGGAACUCAAGAUCAAGGAGCUCGACUAUAAGAUCAAGGAGUUGCAAGGCGAAGCGGCUGAGUGUGCUAAAAGGAUAAAGUCCCUCGAAGCCGAGCACACGUGGAUCCCGAGCGAGCGGGAAUACUUCGGCGCGGCGGGCGGCCUUUACGACUUCGCCGCGCGCCAGGCUAGCGUCGCGGGGCAACGUCUUCAGCAGUUGGCAGACAGGAGAGACAAGCUGGCUAGAGGACUCAAUGCGAGAGCUCAUACGCUGCUAGGGAAGGAAGAAGAGCAGUACCAAGACGUGAUGCGUAAGAAGAAGAUCGUGGAAGCGGACCGCGCGAAACUCGUACAAGUGAUGGCGGAACUAGAUGAGAAGAAGAAGAAGACGCUGGUGACGGCGUGCGAGCAGGUCAACAAGGACUUCGGCUCCAUCUUCAGCACAUUGCUGCCCGGCGCACAGGCGAGACUCAAGCCGCCUGAUGGCCUUACGGUGCUGGACGGGCUAGAGGUGAAGGUGGGCUUCAACAACACGUGGAAGGAGUCCCUGGGCGAGCUCAGUGGCGGCCAGCGCUCGCUGGUGGCGCUGUCGCUGGUACUGGCCAUGCUGCUGUUCAAGCCGGCCCCGCUGUACAUCCUGGACGAAGUGGAUGCUGCGUUGGACUUGUCGCACACGCAGAAUAUCGGCCAUAUGUUGAAGCAGCAUUUCACACACUCACAGUUCAUUAUAGUCUCGCUGAAGGAUGGAAUGUUCAACAACGCCAACGUGCUAUUCCGGACCAAAUUCGUGGAUGGCAUGUCCUCCGUCCAGCGCACCGUCAACUCCAGGAGAUGAUCCCGCCACGACUCGGCCGAAGACGCAAGUGAAAGCAGUGGUCCGAUGUGGACAACUGGAUACACAUUUGUGUAUAAAGUACGAAAUGGUUACGAAAUAUUUUAAUAUAGAAUAGAUAACUAUCACAAACAGUUUCGACGUUGAUGUUCACGUCCAAGUUGUGUAAAACGUGCGAAAUAGGUAUGAAAUAUUUCAAUAUAGGAAAGUGUGUUCUCCAUUUUUUUGGUGCGAAAAUAUUUUAUUCUAAUUGGUCUUAUAUUACGAGUAUUCACAUGAUCGAUGCUAUCGAUAUAAUGUGCCUUGUUUGUUGAAAGUAUAAAGAACUUGUUG